AUGGCCCCCGUACAUACGUCGCACCUCCUUGCGGCAGAAAUCGGAGACAGGAUGGCCCCAACAGUCGGCGUCAGCGGCACCGCCAACUCAUCCCUUCAAGUCGACGUCAAGACCAUCAUCACAGUCUGCCUCAGUAUCGGCUACGUCAUCUUCGGCGUCGUCGCGUACGCCUUCGCCAACAAAUGCCGCUUCUUCGCCCUACCCGAGUGGUACCGAACCUCGGUCUGCGGCCUCAGGGAGAAGGUCCUGGUGACCCUGUGGUUCCCCGCGGUAUUUCUCCUGUGGCCGCUCGUCAUCUCGGCUUACCUGGCCUCCUGGUGCGGCUUCACGUUCUUCAAGGAGCUGGGGGCAAGGAGGAACAGAGCCGAGUCCGACGAGAUCGAACUGGAUGGUCGUAGGGAGCCGGUGGGUGAGCAGAGGAACAGAGACAAGUCCAACGAGAUAGAACUGGAUGAUCGCAGGGAGCCGGCGGGUGAGCAGAGGAGCAGCAUUGAGUUGGGGAGGUGGGUUGACUUGCCUCUUGACGAGGAACGGCCUGCUGAGCCUGAGCCAAAACCCGUACCGGCUCGUGGGUUCUUCAUCAACCCAUUCGACGAGACUCAAAGAGGCCGAUCUGCUCACUCCCGCCCUCGCGGGAGUGAGGCUUCCCCCAGCCGUAGUCCCAAGGACACCGGCGGAAGGGCUUCCGGCGCGGGGCUCGAGGAACACCCGAUCGCGUGGUAUGUCAAGCUGCCGCUGCCCGAGAAGAUGCUGCGGGACGCGUCCCCGCGGACGUCGUCCUCGGCAACGUCGUCGUCGUCGUCGUCGUCGUCGUCGUCAGGAGGCCGCAGUCGGAGCCCUUACGACCGUGACGGCGGUGACGAUAACACGACCCAGUUGACGACGAGCUCACCCUUCAUGACCGAGGACGAGUUCGAGCCCGAAACGUUCCGGAAGCCCAACCCUCGCUUGCAGACGAUUCCUGAGAGCGACAAGGAGGAGGGGCUUGAGGAGUGA